ACCCAAGCUGAGAAGACAUCAAUCAUUCAUGGGGCUGCUCGCCGGGAAACCCUAACCCCGGCCUAUCAGGGCCAAGUGACCAGCCAGGCCACCCCAUCCCUGACAGAGCCAGAGGGCUAAAACCUCCUCACCCUGGGCCCGGCUGCAUCCGAGCUGCCUCCGAGCAGGCUCUGGGUUCCCCCCGCCUCUAGGGUCCACCUCUUCUGACAUCCCCUCCAUGUCCCUUGCUCUGGCAUUCAAGGCCUCUGGGAUUGGGCCUCCCUUCCGCCAUUUCAGACACCCUCUGCGCUGGCCACAAUGUCCCGCCGACAGGGGGCUGCAGUGGGCGACUCAUCCUGGUCUCUCCCUUCUCCCAGCUUUUGCCCACUGUCUGCCUCCUGACGGGACUUCCCUUGUCCUCUCUUAGCUAAGUCCUGCCCAUGUCACACGACUGGAUUUGGGGACUGGAGUCAAGGACAGAGAGCCCCUGCCUCUUCAGCGAUACGCAGCCCCCAACCUCCCCCCUCCUGUUUCAUAGACAAGGCGACCGAGAGGUGAACUUGCUGGGCCUCCCAGCUCGUGGGGGGCGGAGCAAGAGUCCUAAGCUCCUUGUAGCCUUGUGUCCUGGCACCCCUGUGGCUGGGGACAGUUCUCUUCACCCAUGUGGCUCUGCCCCCAGGCAGAGGGUUCGGAUUAGGGCCUGCGCUGCCUGCCUCACUUACCCUAAUCCCCUUCAAGUCUCCAUCCCCGGCCAUCGGGCCAUCGGCCAUCAGUUCUCAUGGUAGGGGUGUGUAAGCAGCUUUAUGGUUCCUGAGAACCAGGGGUGCUCCCUGGUCUUGCGUCUCUGAGCCCGUCGUCCCUCCCCACAUGGCCGCAGAGCAGGUGAGGGGGCUGCAUGGCCCAGACCCGGCCCCCAGCCCGCAGAAGCCUCCUGCGGGGGUCGUGGCUUCCAGGACGAGUGCUGAGGGCCUCCCCUUGACCAGGAAGAGGAGCAAGAAGGAGAGGGGGCUCCGAGAGUCCCAGAAGGGUGCUGGCAGCUCUCAGGAGCAGACCCCUCUUCCGAGUCCUGAGGCCCCAGGGAGCAGCAGGAACCCCUCUGGGACUGGAGGACAGGAGGGGACGGGUCCUGCGACCCCAGGGCCAGCCUCCCGUCGCCAGUCCCACCGGCAUCGCUCUGGCCCCCAGCACGAUGCUGCUCAGAAGACAUACGGACCCUUGCUCAACCGCAUCUUCGGGAAGGACCGCGAGCUGGGCCCCGAGGAGCUGGAUGAGCUGCAGGCCGCCUUCGAGGAGUUUGACACUGACCAUGACGGCUACAUCGGCUACCGGGAGCUGGGCGACUGCAUGAGGACGCUGGGCUACAUGCCCACCGAGAUGGAGCUCAUCGAGGUCUCCCAGCACGUCAAGAUGAGGAUGGGUGGCCGCGUGGACUUCGAGGAAUUUGUGGAAUUGAUGAGCCCAAAGCUGAGGGAGGAGACGGCGCACAUGCUGGGGGUGCGGGAGCUGCGCAUCGCCUUCCGAGAGUUUGACAGGGACAGGGAUGGACGGAUCACCGUGGCAGAGCUGCGACAGGCGGCACCAGCUUUGCUGGGGGAGCCGCUGGUGGGUUCUGAGCUGGAUGAGAUGCUCCGAGAAGUGGACCUCAACGGGGAUGGCACCGUAGACUUUGACGAGUUUGUGAUGAUGCUUCUCACCCACUGAGGCUCUAGCAGGGAGAACGCGUUGCCCCUCGGGCCCCAGGCCAGCAGGGUUCACGCUAUACACCCUCCUCAUGAGGCCCCAGAAUGGAAGAGACCCAGCGGCUCCCAGGCUGCUUCGGAACCUUGACAACAUCUGGCUAGUGCUUGUGCGGUCGCCUGCCCACCUGCAUCCUCACCUGCCUCCCCGCCCAGCUGCCGGGAGGAAACCUGCCCCCAGCUGCCUCUCAUUCUCCAGUAUGAGCAAGAUUUUGGAUCUCUCCAGAACCUGGGAGGUAACAAGCUCCUGGGCACUUCAGCGUUCAAAGACAGGCGGACAGCAUUGGCAGGAUUCUGGUAGCGUGGUGAAUUGGGAGGGUGACAGCCUGCCUCCCACUACUACGUAAAAAUGUUAAAAAAAAAAAAAAAAAAAAAAAGCGCUUAACUUGAAAAAGCCAGGGGUGACCCCAGGUAUUAAAGACAAGGCAAGAACUCAAAGCUGGGUGGUGCGAGAGUGGGGACACCAUGGGGGCCUCAGCAUAGAGAGAAGUUCCGGAGCCCCGGCUCUGACACAUGAGUGACAGAAGAUCUGUAAGAGAGAGACAAAGGAACAGAAUGUGAGCCUGACUACCUUUCAGGGUCGCAAAGAGCUACCGUGUUCUUGAAGAGAGGGUCAAAUAUAUUUCCACCUGCCGGCCUGAGGAGGUGGCAAGGGUACAGAUGUCCAGGGCCUCGAGGGGAAAAAGCUACUCUAAGGAACCUGAAACGCAGGCUUGCACGUUAGGCAGGAGAGCUGAACAGAUAGGGAGAAGCUACUGGAAGGGCACGCUUCAACCCAGGACACAAUGGGCUUAACAACCCUGUCACAAAAGGAGAACCCUAUGAACAACUCAUCUCGAGGUAAAAGUCCGAUGGCUCACUGAGGAAGAGCGAUUCGGCUCUGCAAAGACUUUUCGUUGGCUGUGGUAAAUGCCAGAAGACAAUGAGAUGAGCUGGUCAUCAGGCCAAGAAGAAAUGAUUGCCGGCCAAGAAGCCUAUCCCUCACUGAAUCAUUAUUCAAGAAGGAAGGUGAAACAUCAACUUUUUUCAGGAAAUAAACGUUGGGAAGAGUUUCCCAGCCAUGUGCUCUUGUGGAAGGGUUGGCUUCAGUAAGAGGGAAAUUCAGACCUGAACAAAGGCAAAGUAUGUACUAAAUCAUGGUCAGGAAAGCGAUCAGUAAACACAUUGGUGGAUUUAAAGAAGCAUUAACUAUAAAAAAAAAAAAAGUUCAU